AUGGCCCGCCCGAAACUCCAGGGCCGGGCCUUCUACGAGUCUUUGGGCUCCCCCAAGCAUAUCGUCGCGCCCAUGGUCGACCAGUCCGAGUUCGCCUGGCGCCUCCUCACCCGCUCCUUCCUGCCUCCCGACCUCCGAACGUCCAUCCUAGCCUACUCGCCUAUGCUGCACGCCAAAAUGUUCGCCGAGUCGCCCAAGUACCGCGCUUCCCACUUCGAGCCUUUGCAACCUCCGCUCUCCCUCGCGCAGCCUGGAGAUGCAGAGCAGCAGAAAGCGGCGGAUCUGGAGAAGGAUGCGUAUAUGGAUGGGAAUCCUAAGAUCGACCGGCCGCUGUUCGUGCAGUUCUGCGCGAAUGAUGCGGAGCACUUUCUUGAAGCGGCGAAGAUUGUGCAGCCGUACUGUGACGCUGUGGAUUUGAAUUUGGGAUGUCCGCAGGGGAUCGCGAGGAGAGGGAACUAUGGAUCUUUUCUGCAAGAAGAUUGGGGGACGAUUCACAAGCUUAUACGGACGUUGCACGAGAAGCUCGAUAUCCCUGUCACGGCGAAGAUGCGGGUUCUGGAGACGAGGGAGAAGACGCUGGAGUAUGCGAAGAUGAUUCUGGAUGCCGGGGCGAGCAUUAUUACCGUGCAUGGCAGGCAGAGGGAGCAGAAGGGGCAUAAUACUGGAUUGGCGGAUUGGAAGAUGCUGAGGUUCUUGAGGGAGAGUUUGCCGCCUGAUACUGUGAUUUUUGCGAAUGGGAAUAUUCUGCAACAUGGUGAUAUUCAGACGUGCUUGGAGGAGACGAAGGCGGAUGGUGUGAUGAGCGCGGAGGGGAAUCUGUAUGAUCCUUCGAUCUUUGCUACGCCGCCACUGGCUGGAGAGGAGGGGCGAGAGUACUGGCGAGGUAGAGAUGGGAAGGGCGGGUACCGGUGCGAUGCUGUGUUGCGACGAUAUCUCGACAUCAUCCACACCCACGUUCUGCGGAAAGACCCACCUCCUCGACACUCGCUCUUCCUACCCUCCGAUGAGCCUUCCCCAGAGCAACGGGCAGCCCAGGAAGAGAGUAAACGAAAACUUGAGCCAGAGACCAACGGCCACUCUCCCAAAGACGACGGCCAACCACCCACCAAGAAGCAGAAACGCGAAGCAGCCAAACAGCAGCACGAAGAAAAGAAGAAGAACGGCAGCAAGCAAGAAAAAACCAACGCAGCCAACCUCGUAGCCAUGCAAGCCCACUGCUUCCAUAUCCUCCGCCCGCUCGUCUCCAAGCACCAUAACGUGCGCGACGCGCUUGCUCGGUCUCGCGUUGGAGACAUCGAGGCCUACGAAAACGUGCUCACGCUCACUGAAGCAGCUGUUCGAGAAGGACUGCUAGAGUACGAGCGAGAUCCUCCUCCAUUCGAAGACGCAGCUGAAGAAGACGCAAAAGCGGAAGUUGAGAACUCGCCGGACGAAAGCAGCGUCGAAGCCGUCAAGCGCUGCAAACGCCCCUACUGGGUCUGCCAGCCGUACGUGCGGCCGCUGCCGAAAGAAGCGUUGGAGAAGGGGAGUAUGCAGUUGAGCAAGAAACAGAUUAAAAAGCUGGAGAAGGCGAAUGAGGAGGCGAAGAAGAGUGGCGUUGCGCCGGAAGGGCGAGUCGAGAGCGUGCAGCCGCCUGAGCGAGAAGAGGAGGCCACGAAGGGAGCAAUUGACGGAGAGACAGGCAACGUGGAGCUGCCGAAGGAAGGCAUGGUCGCUGGAUGA